AAAAUUAUCCUUCUUUUCACAUUCGCUACUUCAGAAAAAAAACAAAGAGAAGUCAAAAUGGCUUCACGUAUGAGCUUAUGUCUUUUGUUGGUUCUUGCUGCUGCUACAACAAGAGCUUCUUCUCUAUUAUGUCCUCAUUACUAUGAUAAACUGUGUCCUGAAGCUUUACCAACUAUUAAACGAGUUGUUGAGGCUGCUGUGCGCAAAGAAAAAAGAAUGGGUGCUUCUUUAUUGCGCCUUCACUUCCAUGACUGUUUUGUUAAUGGUUGUGAUGCAUCAGUUCUUUUAGAUCCUUCUCCCACCAUUGACAGUGAAAAAGAAGCUCUCCCUAACAAAAAUUCCAUUAGAGGAUUUGAAGUUAUUGACCGGAUCAAGUCAGAGGUGGAUAAAGCAUGUGGAGGCUCAGUGGUCUCCUGCGCAGACAUCUUAGCUGUUGCAGCUCGCGAUUCUGUUGUAGCGCUAAAAGGACCAACAUGGAAGGUGCCAUUAGGGAGGAAAGACUCGACCACAGCUAACAGAACGAAAGCUGAAACAGACCUUCCAGGACCAUUUUUAGACCUUCCUGGGCUCAUUGACGGCUUCAAGAAGCAAGGACUAAACCAGAAAGACCUAGUUGUGUUAUCUGGAGGCCAUACGUUAGGUUUUUCAAAGUGCGGCGCUUUCAGGGAAAGAAUCUACAAUGAAACUAACAUCGACCCAGAAUUUGCACAAGAACGAAGAUUAACUUGUCCAAGAGUUGGAAAUGACACAAAUCUUGCACCAUUUGAUCCAACUCCUGCUCGUUUUGACAUGGCUUAUUUCACCAGCUUGACAAAGUUAAAAGGACUUCUUCAUUCUGAUCAACAGCUAUUUAAUGGCGGGUCUACUGAUGCGCUUGUAAAGACUUACAGUUCAAAUGCCGAAGCUUUUAGGGCUGAUUUUGCUAAGUCUAUGAUUAGAAUGGGGAAUAUUAAACCACCGACUGGAAGUCAAGGUGAAGUUCGUUUGAAUUGUAGGGUGGUGAAUAAGGCAGUAUGGGAAAUGUAGUUUUAUCUGUUAAUUCCAACUGUAUGAUUCCUGAUACAGACAUACGGUAUUAAUUGUCUGUUGUUAUGUUUAGUUUUCAAGUUCCUUCUUGUGUCUUUUCAUUAAUAAUUAAUUUAUGUAAUAUUUUAUUCUCAAAAAACAAUAUGUAAUCUUUUG